UAUCUAUGUAAUAAUUAUUGUACUCUAAUUGUAUUGUACUAUUUUACUGACUGGAACAUUCUAGAAAAUGACUUAUUUCUGUAUUGUAUUAUUGUACUUUCUGGAACCCUCCAGAAGACUGUGUAACUUUCAUGUAUUUGUAUGUGUCCAGAAGUUUCUGGAACCUUGUGAUUAGUAUAAAUAGAGUUUUCGAGUUAUUGUUCUGUUGUUCUCCACUUGUUUAUUCUAAUAAAUUCUUUUAAAAGUCAAAGCGAUCUUUGACAUUUGGUGGCAGCGGCGGUGGGAUUGCCUCGAGCGGAAGACAGAGGGUUCCCACACUAUUGAGAGGAGGAGAAACAAUCUCGGGAUUUUAUGACGGAGGGUAGCCGUAGUGAACAGACUACUUAUAGACUACGAGACAUUCCAAGGAGGAAUUACAAUUAUCAGCGGAACGUGAUACAGAGACGAUUAGUAUAUACCAUGGAAGGUGGUGAAGGACGUGUGGAUGGUGAAGUCCAAGAGGUACGAGAGGAAGAUACUCUUGGAGGUAUUGGUGGACACUCAACAAGGAGUGAUCAGGUGACACAGUCCAAUACUGGGACUGAGACUGCGUCCAUUGGAGGUGACGGAAUGAUGUGGAGAAUGUUGGAGACACUGAUUGAGGAUCGCCGACGGCGCAAGGAACAAUUUGCAGAGGAAAGACGCUUACGCGACUUGGAGUUGAGGAGACGAGAUGAGGAGCUAAGAGCUGAACAAAGACGGAGAGAUGAAGAAGCGGUAAGGAAGGAAAGGGAGAUGAGAGAACAAGUUGAUUUACUGAGGAACCUGGUGGAGAGAAUCCUCGAACAGGGGGAAGCUGCUUUACGAGAGAGGGCAGCUAGGGACAGAGAUGUCAAAGUAACAAAGUUGAUGGAAGAGGAUGACAUUGAGGCAUACUUAACUAUGUUUGAGAGACAGAUGGCAGCUUUUGAGGUACCGGUAGAGAGAUGGCCUUUUAAGCUGGCGCCUCAGUUGACUGGGAAGGCACAGCAGGCUUAUGCAGCUAUGGAGAGUGAGGAAUCAACUGACUAUGUGAAACUUAAGGAAGCUAUACUAAGGAGAUAUCAGAUAGAUGAGGAGUGUUACAGGCAACGAUUCAGAACAGCCAAGAGGAGAGAGGGAGAGACGUGUCGAGAACUGGUGACCAGAUUAAGUGAUCUAGUAGAGAAGUGGACUGGGAAGUGUAAAACAAUAGCGGAAGUGAAAGAUUUAAUUGUGAUGGAGCAAUUGGUGAAGACUAUGCCAGAAGACAUAGGAAUCUUCGUGGCUGAGAGACAGCCUAAGACAGCAACAGAAGCAGCUAAACUGGCGGAUGAUUACCAGUUAGCAAGAAGGGGUCGAGUAGGACCAAAGAACGGAGGAAAGAGUGAGAAGACUCAGAGGACGACUAUCACUUGCUUGAGAUGUGGGAAGGUCGGGCAUAUAGCUAGAGAGUGCUGAGUCUCACUCUCAAGAUUUGCGGAGAACAAGACGACAGCUAAGACUGAAGCUAAGACAGAGAGACCUAAGCGGGACCUAAAGGAGAUAGAGUGUUUUAAUUGUCAUAAGAAGGGACACUAUUCCUCUAAUUGCCCUGAUAGAGCACUAUUUUGUAUGGAACGACGAGUUGGUUAUCGAGGUGACAUAAGGAUCAAGAAGCGUAAGGAGCCUAACAAGCCCUUAUUGGGAGUGCUGAAAGCAGGAACAGUGGAAGGUCGUGAAGUACAGGACAUACUUAUAGACACAGGAUGUUCAAGGACUAUGGUACAUGAAGAUAAUGUACCACCGGAGAAGAUAUUACAGGGGGAAGCCACAGCUAUAAGAUGUGCUCAUGGAGACACAGUAUUAUACCCACUAGCUUGUGUGGAUAUUAGUGUGGGUGGAAAACACUUGGAAGUGGAAGCAGCUGUAUCAAACACCCUACCUACAGCAGUACUUCUGGGUACUGAUGUACCAGAACUGUCAGAACUAUUGAGCGAGAAACCGAAGGAAGAGAAAUGUGAGGAAGAGGAGUGUGAUGUCUUUGUAGUAACCAGAGCCGGUGCCAGGGAACAACAAAGGCUAGAGGAAGAGAGACGGCAGCAGGAGGAAGACUCAGGUGUGCAACCUAACCCAGCUGGACUAGGAGAUGAGGAGGAGAUGGCGACAGACACACAGGAAUGUACAGAAGAGGAACCACUUACUGGAAUGAACAGUGAUUUAGAUGUACUAGAUGACAGCCUUUUUGUUGAGCCUCGGGAAAAGACGAGACUGACUAGGAGUCAGAGACGGAGCAUACUGGAGAGACACCGAAGACUAGUUAACACUGGAACUACACUAUGUACGACCAUGGAUGACUUCAAGAAGUACCAGGAAGAAGAUAAAACAUUGGAUGGAGUGAAACAAGCAGUAAUGGAGAAACUACAAGGUAAGAGAGUCCAAUUCUUUGAGCAGGAUGGACUGCUAUUUCAGAAAUGGAAAGAUCAGAAUGGAGAAGAAACAGAACAGCUUGUAGUACCAGAGAGAUGCAGGAAUGAGAUAAUGAAGAUUGCCCAUGAUACACCCUUUGCUGGACACCUAGGGAGAGAAAAGACUAUACAAAGAAUAUUACAGCGGUUUUAUUGGCCGGGAAUUUUCAGAGAUGUGGCUUACUAUUGUCGGAGUUGCCCAAGUUGUCAAAAGUCAUCAUCGAAAGGAGUACUGCGGGCCCCAUUAGUGCCCCUACCAAUAAUGGCUA